GGCAAAGAGGAGUGAAGAGGAGGAGGAGAAGGAAGAAGAAGAAGACGACAGAGGAGGAGAAGGGGGUUGGAAGAUCAAGAGCGAGCUCGAGCUCAAUAAGCAGCAGCAGCGCCGGCAACGACAUCCAUCCAUCUAAAUCUGCAGCGGAGUCCGGAGCGCGAGCGCCUCGUUUGCAGGAGGAGAAAGCGUCGUGUUGCUGCUGAGUAGCGCGCGAGGGAGAGAGAAAGAGAAGGAGAAAAAGAGAGAGAUAGAGAGAUGCCGCCGAGGACAGGACUCGUGCUGCUCGUCGUGCUCGUGGUGUCGGCGCACGAGCUGGACCUGAACGAGUCGUUUUCGCCGAGGAGAGCGCGCUUCUCCGCCAACAGCCCCUCGGACGUGGCCCGUUGUUUGAAUAGCGCCCUCCAAGUGGGCUGUGGUGCCUUUGCUUGUCUUGAAAACUCCACAUGUGACACAGAUGGAAUGCAUGACAUCUGCAAGUCCUUUCUCUACAGCGCUGCUAAAUUUGAUACUCAGGGCAAGGCCUUUGUGAAGGAGAGCCUGAAAUGCAUCGCCAAUGGCAUCACCUCCAAGGUCUUUCUUACAGUCCGCCGCUGUUCCACCUUCCAGAGGAUGAUCUCAGAAGUUCAGGAAGAGUGCUACAGCAAACUGGACAUCUGCACUGUGGCCAAGUCAAACCCAGAGGCCAUUGCAGAGGUGGCUCAACUGCCCAGCCACUUCCCCAACAGGUUUUAUGGGAAGCUGUUGCAGAGUUUGAUGGAGUGUGACGAAGAAACAGUAGACCUGGUGAGGGCGAAUCUGUUGACCCGGUUAGGGCCUGAGAUUGCCAUGCUCUUCCAGCUACUGCAGAACAAGCCUUGCCCAUCUGCUGUAGUACCCACUGGGACGGAGACUCGUGGAGGUUGGCGGUGGUCUGUCAGUCCCAAUACACACAAAAACCCACCUAAUCUACGCAACAGGGAUGCAGUGAAUCUCUUCAGCAAGAAACGCAACACUGGUGACAGCUCUUAACAUCAGCCCAUCUCCUGGUCCAAACUUGGCUGUCGUGCACAUGUACCCUAUCGCAAAAUGAAAUCACAAAAGAAACAUAAUAGUGGUUCAUUUCCCAUCAAAAUGCAGGAAUACAUUUGUUUUCUGAAACUAGAAAAAGGCAUGCACCUAUAUAAAAACAGCUUGAAUGUCAAAACUUUGUUUAUCAGUUAAAAUAUUUCAUUAAUGUUGACACAAAUAAGUAAAAUUGAAAAGAGAAUUCUGGUUAGUUUAUCAACCAAGCUUUUCAUGUUCAGAGAUUGAUCCAUGCACAGGUAAAGUCUCGUUUACAAAGUCAAUGUAGAUACUGUCAACCAUGAGGAUUAACCUAACAUCCAGGCCAUUAUGUAAAGAAUUCUUAGAUAGAAUAUUAUUAUAUUAUAUUAUAAUAUUAUUUUCAAGAAAGUAUCUAAAGGGGAAAAAAAAACAAAAGUAAUAUGAUAAUAAUAGAUAACCAUUUUUAAUCAACAUAUCUUAAUGAGAUUACAACAAAGAAAAUGUGUGUAUAUAUACUGGAUCUAUUGUUAAUGUGAAAUAGUUGGCAUGUGCUAUAAAUAUGAGAGUGUACUAUUUAUUUAUUAACAGAUAUUUUACUAUUUUUAGCUGUUAAUCUUAAAUUGCCACUAGCCUUUUUGUGAAAGCUCACCCAGUAGGUGAGAUAUAGAUAUAUAUAUCUAUAUCGCUGCUGUCGGAAGAAAACCUCGUAUCUCCAUUUUUGUCAUUUUUCAGUU